AUGGCCCUUCAACUCAAUCAAGUUUUUUCCCAAACAUUCUUUUCAGUAUACAAAGCAAAGCAAAAGCUCCCACAAAUUAUUUUAAAGCCAAAUAGCAGAUUUUAUCCUUCAAUAAAGUGUGCGGACAAGAACAAUGGUUCACAUGAGAAUAUUCCUUUACCCGUUUACCAACCAACUAUUUGGACUCAUAACUUUAUCGAGGCCUUAGAUGUCAAUUUCCCGAUGAACUCCAGGGAGGAGGUGAAGGAGCUAGAGAAGAAAGGAAUGGAAUUGAAUUUUGAUUACGAUAAUGGUGAUUUAAGUAUCUUACAAUUGCUUGAACAGAUAGAUGAUAUCGAAAGGUUGGGCCUUGACUAUCGGUUUCAAAAUGAUAUAAGGAGAGCACUAAAUAUUAUCGCAUCAGUAAAUGAAAAUAACAUUGGACAUGAAGAAAAAGAACGUAGUCUUCAUGCGGCAUCUCUUAGAUUCAGGCUUCUUAGGAAACAUGGUUAUAAUGUGUCUCAAGAUUUUCUUUUAAGAUUCAAGGAUAGUCAUGGUGGCUUCAUGCGGUGUCUAGAGACAGAUGUCAAGGGAUUGUUAAGUCUAUAUGAAGCUUCAUAUCUUUCUUUUGAGUGGGAAAUAGAUUUGCACGAGGCCAGGUUAUUUGCAACGAAACAUUUGCUGAAACUUAAGUGUCAAGAAAAUGAAGCUCGUGAAGACAUAAAUCAUGCAUUGGAACUCCCCUCUUAUCGUAGGAUGCUUAGAUUACAAGCAAGGUGGUACAUUGAUGCAUACAGUAAACGAAAAGAUGCAAAUAUGCUUCUGUUAGAGCUUGCAACAUUUGAUUACAACAUGGUUCAAUCGGAAUUCAAGAAAGAACUUCAAGAAGUAUCAGAGUGGUGGAAAAAUAUAGGCCUAGCAAGCAACUUAAGCUUCGUUAGGGAUCGACUCAUGGAAUGCUUCUUUUGGUCAGUUGGAGUGGUAUUCGAGACUCAAUAUAAUUUUUGCCGUGUAGAGCUUACAAAAGUUUGUACGUUAAUUACUGUCAUUGAUGACAUCUAUGAUGUUUAUGGUUCUCUUGAUGAACUCGUGAUGUUCACAGAUGCUGUCAAGAGGUGGGACAUUAAUGCAGUGAAACAUAUGCCCGAGUAUUUACAACUAUGCUUUCGCACUCUUUACAACACUAUUAUUGAUAUAGGUUCUAAGACCUCGAUUGCACAAGGCGAAGACAUCAUACCAGUCCUAGUGAAAGUGUGGGGAGAAUUACUUGAAGCAUUCUUGUUGGAAGCAAAGUGGACUCAUAACAAAUACAUUCCAACACUUCAAGAAUAUAUGGAUAAUGCAUGGCGAUCUGUCUCAGGAGUGGUUAUACUUACUCAUGGUUACUUUUUAAUAAAUCAAGAAUUCAAGAAAGAUGUAGUUGAGAACUUGGAGAAAUAUAACGAUCUUUUGAAGUGGUCAUCAAUUGUUUUUAGACUUUGCAAUGAUUUGGGUACUUCAUCGGAUGAGGUAGCUAGAGGGAAAACUGCAAAUGCAAUAUCAUGUUACAUGCACGAAAAUAGUGUUUGUGAGGAUGUUGCACGUGAAUAUAUAAAAACUUUAAUCGACAAAGCAUGGAGGGAAAUGAUCAAAGCCCGAGUGGCUUCUUCUCAAGAGUCAACAGAUCCAUUCAUUGAUAUGGCUAUUAAUCUUGCUCGAAUUUCACAUUGUGUGUACCAAUACGGAGAUGGACAUGGAGCUCCCGAUGUUCGAGCCAAAGAGCGAGUCUUAUCUGUGAUUAUUGAGCCCAUUCCAAUUGAGGACAAUUAG